AUGUCCAGACAAGCAUACUCAUACUCGACCGCUCCGGCGACGAGGCAUAUCACUGGCCACGGCACAAGCAGUGCUUUCAGCAGUUCAGCAAACCCAGAUGAAGACUGGACUAAGAUCUCCGACUUGGCCGAGCGGAGGAGAAUCCAAAACAGAAUUGCUCAGCGCAACUAUCGCAAGAAGCUAAAGAGACGUCUCGAAGACCUCGAGAGACGCGCCGGAUCUUCUUCAGCCUCGCCUCCUCAGAUCCACGCUGAGCUCCAACAACAGCAACAGCACCAACGAGUUGAGAAGAACGUCCAGCAACAGUACAGGAGAAGCCCAGAAAUCAUGCAACGCCAGCCAUCUCCCAGACUUUUGCACAAUCAGUACACCCCACCAAUGGAGGACAACCUCAUGUUUUCUCAUGGCUUUGAGCGCGAGGGAUCCAGAACACCUCCUCUUUUCGCAUACCAUUCAUAUCCAGCACCAGAAGAGAUCGUCUAUCCGCCAUACCCGCAAUCACAGCCAUACCGCCCAGUUUCAACUUCGGAAUACUCGGAUUACCCCGCACCAGUUCCAGUCACUCUUCCCUCCAUGAUGCAUUUCCACGAAGCUAUCAAGCGCGAAGACGACACAAUGAGCCCAUUCAAUAUGACCUAUCAAGGUCUCCCAGCCAUUGAUAUCCAAGGACAAUACAGCUACGAAGACUCAAAUCCUCAUACACCCCCUCUUUCUCAUUCCUACGAGCAUUCAACAACCUGUUCCGAGUCAGGAUACAACUACCCCUCAACCCCUCUCUCGAUGCCUCCGUCCCCACGACUCCUGUCCCAGAUAUGA